GUAGCGCUGGGCUCGCACUGAUAGGCAGGAACCUGUUGGGCACGAGGCCCUCGUGGGUGGGGCUGAUGCAUUGGGUCAGGCAAGGUCAGCACAUGGGACUUUCCAGCGGGGGGGCAGCAGGAAGGACAGACGUACAGACACACACAUGGUUAAUGGUUUGCAGUGGGGCUAGUCACAGAGCCGGGUUAUAUCUCCCCAGCAGAACGGCAGCGCUAACAUGUUCUGUCGCUCUCCCCUGCCCUUCUGCUUGCCUGGAACUGGCACCCUGGAGCAUGCCAGGCACAACGUCUCGUCUUGCCCGGCCCCACGGUUUCCCAGCAACUCAGCCAAAAGCGCUAGCACCCAGAGCCCUGCGCAGAUGCACAAUCAUGUAUCUGCGUCCGUAUCCGUACAAAUGAGCCAGUGCUAUCUGCAGCCGUGUCUGCAGAUCCUCGCUGAUAUAAAGUCAAUAUCGGCACCUGUCAGGGCUCUGCUAACUCCCAUGCUUUCUCCCCACCCUGCCCCACUCCCAGCCACCUGGCUCAGCCCUGCCCUGUAAACAACUCAGGCUCCAGUGGAGAAUCGGCAGCGACCAGCGCAGCCUGCGUAGGAAUCAUUACGAAAGGAACAGAAUAAGACAGAAAAUACCAUAUUGCCUCGGUAUAAAGUCACGGUAAGGCCACAACUUCAAUGCUGUAUGCAGAUCUGGUCACCCCAUCUAAAUAAAGCUAUCUUGGAUUUGGAAAAGGAACAUCCAAGACAACAGAAAUGAUUAGGGGUUUGGAACAGCUUCCAUAUGAGGCGAGAUUAACAAGAGAGGGACUUGUCAGUCAUUUCUUUUCCAAGUUGAAAUCUGGGGGGAUAUGUUAGGGGUCUAGCAUAUCAUGAAUGGUGUGGAAGAAUAGAAUCAGGAAACAUUAUUUACUCCUUCACUAACAUAACACAAGAAGCCGAUCCACUGAAAUUGUAUAGGCAGCAGAUUUAAAUGAAAUUAUUUCUUCAAUCAAGCUGUGGGACUCUUUGCCUGGAGAUGGUGGAAAGGCCCCAACGAUGUUAGGGUGCAGAGAGGAAGAUGCAGACUUCUAUUGACUGCACCUGCCGUCCAGCCUUCUUUUCUCCUGGGCCAGUUCAUCUAGGAGGAAGAGUGGAGAGAGGCCUAUGCUGUUGUUUUAGCUAAUGAGCAUGACGGACCAAGGUGCAGCUGAGAGCCGGUGAGAAGGGGAUGGCAGCAGCGGAGACAAACCAGCCCCUGGAAAGGGAGCAUUGCAGUUUGAGAUGGGGAAACUGAGGCCCAGAGGAGGACAUGCCACAUCCUAGGUGCAGAUAGUUGUCUGUGGUGGAGCAAGGAUUUGAACCCAGGAGUCCUGACCCUUACUCACUAGGCACCUGCUGCCUGCAACAGCCAUGAAGAUGUUCCUCGUGUACUGGCUGCACUUCCCAGUUCUGAUCAUGGGAACAGUGCAGUCAGUACCAGACAUGGUAGCUCACUUCGGGGGGGACGUCACCCUGAGCUGCCUCUUCCCCUCCCAGCCCAGGAUGAACCUUGAUCGUCUGACCCUCACCUGGCAGAAGGAGCUGGAGCAGGCGAGGGCAGAGCCCCGGGUGGUUCAUAGUUACUACUAUGGGAAGGACCAGCUGGAGAGACAGGAUGCGGCUUAUCGGAACCGGACGUGGCUGGAUGCCGAGGGGCUGGCCCGGGGGAAUGCAUCCCUGGUGCUGAGGGGCGUCCGCACGCAGGACGAGGGCGUCUAUUGCUGCCAUGUUGCCUCGGAGCAGGGCAGCAGGACUGAGAACUGGGAGCUGCGAGUGGGAGCCCCGUUCAGCGAGCCCCAUCUGAAUGUCAGCCUCUCCAGCGCCGGGCUCAGGCUGACCGCCUGCACAGGGGGCGGGGACCCCGCAGCCACAGUGCGGUGGCUGGACGAGGCAGGUGGGGACAUCAUGGCAGAGAGCACCACGGAGCAGCGGGCGGAUGAACAGGGCCUGUACCACGUAACCAGCUGGGUCACGGUGCCGCUUGAGACUCGCAGCGCCCAGCUGACCUUCAUGUUAACCCCUCGUGUGCUGGGAGUGCCGAUCACCCGGUCCCUGAGCCUGGAGCUGAGCCCAGGGCUCCUGGGUCCCCCAGCCUCCUGCCUGGGGAGCCGCCUGGCUGUUCUCUGUGCUGCCUGCCUCUUCCUCCUCCUGCUGGUCUCUGUGUUUCUCUGCCAUCUCCGCCAAGGCCCAGUUGGCUCCUGCUCCCGGAGGAAGGCUGAGCAGGAAGAACCUAAAGAGGCCUCUUGCCUGGUCCCAGCUGGGCUCAGCUCAGGACAAGUCGGCCCCGCUGGCCAUGAGCAGCCAGCCGGGGCUGAGACCUAGGGGACUGGCUGGGCAGAGCUGGAGUCACCAUCAGCACCAAGCGGGCUCUGUUAUCUCACAGCAACUGAGCCCUGGGAGGAGCUAGGACAAUUCACACUGCUUGGCUCUACCAUCCAGCCAUGCUCCUCUGCCUGCUGCCCUGGACCUUGGCCAAGAGCUGGGAGACCAACCCCAUCUUCUCGCAGAGUCACCGCAGGGUCUCUGGCCUGUAAAAUGGGGAUAACGCUUCUCAUGUAACACUACUGAUGUAACACUACUGAUGUAACGCUGCUGAUGUAACACUACUGAUGUAACACUACUGAUGUAUUAUGCCAGGAUGGCUGCUGAGUUUCCAAGUGAGGUUUAGUUCAGGUUGUCGUUCAUUGUUAUUUAUUAUUUGUGUCAUUAAAUAUGUUCAUCUUUG